UCGAGUUCAAUUGUCGAGUUUCUAUUGUCAAGUGGAAUGUUUCGCUGCGCCAGAAAAGUUGUUUCGCGAAUUUCGAGAAAUAAAAUGAAGAAGAAAAGUAGGAGAGAAGAUUCUGAACCGAGUGUUCAGGAGAAUAAAGAUUGCUCAUUUCAGAAUGGCAAAGAUUCGCCUGCAACAAAAUGUGACUCCUCGAAUCUAGACGAGUCGCAGUUGCAAGCAAAUAAACAGAAGAAAGGAAAGUUUAUGGGAUUUUUAACUAAUUUAUUCCAUAAAUUUUUGUUAUGUUGUUGCAUUUCAGGCGAGAUCUCUAAUACCGAGCCUUACGAAUUGGAAAAAAAACUCGCAGAUUCAAAGAAGGAACACGACCGUUUCGAUAAAGCCAAAUAUUAUAUUGACAAGUACAAAAUUACUAAAGAAAUUGGUCGUGGAAGUUUUGGGACUAUUUAUUUGGCUAAGACCAAAUAUUCUAGAAAGAAAAAGGCUUUAAAAAUCGUAAAGAAGAAAGUCCCUUCUUCUAAUCAGUUUGGUGAAAUCCGGAGAGAAACAAUCGUUUGGAAUUGCGUGUCCGCCCAUCCAAACAUUGUCAGAUUGAUUCGAUUCCUGCAAACUGACACAGCCUUUUGCUUUGUCUCGGAUUUUGUUGAGGGAGAAACUUUGACCGAAUUUAUACAAAAGAAUGGCCCUAUAGCGGAGAGAAAAGCUAAAGUGUUUGCCGCUCAAGUGGCCUCUGCUAUUAUGUAUAUUCAUAGGAAUGGAAUAAUACACCGAGACAUUAGUUCAAACAACGUUAUGUUAGAUGUGUACAAAGGUGCACAAGUAAUUGAUUUCGGUCUAUCCACAUACGAACGAAAUCCAAGAGAUUUUUGUGGAACUUUAGCAUUUAUGUGUCCGGAAAUUCUCCAGAGGAAGCCUUACGGUAAGGACUUGUACUUUCACAUUUGUACUUUCACAUCAUUAUACUCUUACAUUUGUAUCAUAUUGUUGGAUGUAUUAAUGAAUGUAUUGUUUGUAGAUUUAUACUGUGACUGGUGGGCUUUCGCCAUCGUGUUAUUUCAAGCGUUGGUUGGAAGAACUCCUCUGGAGAUUUAUGUGAAAGAAGCUUUCGAUAUUAAUAACGUGUAUUUAUUGCCACGUUACGACCGGAUAAGAGCUGCUCUAAAUGUGAAGGUGUCGUAUCCUUCUGGAUUAUCGGAUGAUGCCAGACAUUUUAUUUAUGAUCUAUUGCAAAAGGAUCCGUACAGACGUCCUCUAGAAGUAAAUAUAAGGGAACACGAGUAUUUUCAUAAAGUGCCUUGGCCCAAAAUUACUUAGGGUUUUCGGCAGAAUAAACUGAAAACGAAGUUCGGAUCUUUCUUGAAAUCAAUGUGGAAGCCGGUUAAGAGAACCGUGUGUAAGUGGAGAGGAGGUGAGGUAUCCGAGUAUGCUCGGUUGGAGUAAGAUCUCUUUG